CACACACACACUCACACGCACAGUCAGUCAGUCAGUGUAGUGAGAGCCGGCGGAGGCUGAAUCACAAGCAGAUGGACACUUUCCUCUACGAUGUCCCUCCUCUGGUGCUGGAGCGGUUCUGUCGAGUCAUGGACUGCGGGGGAGACGCGCUCGGCUGGCGGGCACUAGCUGUCCGCAUUGUUCCCAGCUACUCAGAAGUUCGUAUGUUGGAGCGUCUGGAGGCGGCGGGUCGCAGUCCCACCAGAGAGCUGCUGUGGUCCUGGGCUCAGCAGAACACCAGGGUACAGGACCUGCUCAUGGUGCUGCAGGACAUGGGUCAUCACAGGGCCCUGCAGCUCUUUCAGAGUCCAGCUCUAGAGUCACCUUUGCCGCAGUGCCAUCAACACGUUGAGGACGAUUUCACAGCUUCCUCUGUGACGCCUACAUCUGAAACGCAGCCUCCUGUCAUCACUCUGCGAGACAUCAUAGAAGGAACCCGCCAUUUUCAUCAUGACAUGAGAAUCGCAGAGGGCCCCUUUGCCAGCGUCUACAGAGCGUGUGUCGGAAAUAAAACGUUCGCAGUCAAGGUUUUUAAACAGAUAAACAGUGUGUCCUGGAAGAAGCAGUGGGAACUCUUCAGGAAGGAAAUGGAAAUUCAUCGCAUGUGUCAGCAUCCAAAUAUCUUAGACCUGGUGGACUGUUUUUCUGAUGAGGACCACUACUGUCUGGUGUACCCAUACCUCCCCAAUGGAUCACUGCACCACAGGCUACACCAACAGAAACAAGAGUGCCCUCUGUCGUGGGAAGAGAGACUCGCCAUCAUCAAGGGAAUCGCAAAGGCUUUGCAUCACCUGCACACGGCCCAGCCCUGUCCAGUGAUCUGUGGUAACAUAUCCAGUGCUAACAUCUUCUUGGACGAUGCCCUGCAGCCCAAACUGUCUGACUUUGGCUUGGCUCGUCUUCGUCCUAAGUCAGCCAGUCAGUCCUGUACCAUCACUCUCAACACAGGUUCCCACAGCAACCUGGGGUACCUCCCCGAGGAGUACAUCCGAGAUGGCAAGCUGUCCUCCAGCCUGGACGUUUACAGCUUUGGAAUGCUUAUAUUGGAAGCAAUAACAGGACGGAAGGUCAUCGAGGAUGGACCUAGACCAACACUGCUGAGAGAAGUGUUUGUCACAGUGGUGGAGGAAAGUAGUGGCGGCCUGGACUCCUGUCUGCAGUUUUUGGACAGGACGGCUGGCCAGUGGCCGACUUCCAUGGCCCUCAAACUUCUGGAUCUGGCCAUGAACUGCAUUGUCAGCCGCCACCGUCAAAGACCAAACAUGGAGAAUGUCCUUCUGGCACUGAGUGAGUUGCUUCUUCCACCCAGAUGCCCGCUCGCCGACCAGCCGCACAGCCUGGACGAUAGAGCCGCUAUAUAUGUGGUGCAUAGACCCUCAUCCUCCAUACCAGUGGAGCAUGAUGAGCAGAAUGUGGUACCUGGUUCUCCAGCACAGGAAGGACCCUGUGAAUGCAGCCAGUCGGAGGUGACAUAUCUGAGCGACAGUAUGGCUGCCCACGAUGAGGCUGAAGCUGACCUGUACAGCAGCUUUCCUGUGCAGUGCAGCUGUUCAACUGAGGACGGUGGACUGCCCUGUGAAGACUGCAGGGCCAACGGACUCAUUUCUGACCCCACCGGGAGUCCUCACUCUGACUUAUGUGUGGUGGAGAAUGAAGCCAAGUGCAGGCUGAAGAACAAACUGAGUUUUUAUAACAAGGGGCUGAUUGACACGGAGGAGCUGUUCUCAGAAACACCGAUGCAGCAGGGGGCCGAACGACAACAAAGCAGCAUGCAGUCACCUGUUGGGACAAAAUCUCAGUGACGGGACUAAUUGGUAAGGGAGUUAACCAGCAAGCACACAAAUAUCGAUUCACAAAUCUUUUUGUGUACUACUCUCAGUGCUUCCCUACAAACCACAUAAACUACCUUCAAUUUCAAUUUCCAGUUGUUAUCUUGAUGUGUCACAAACAUCAUGACAUCUUGACUCGUAGCUCAUGAUGCUGUGCUACACCUCCAUCUGUUGCGGCUUCUUAUGACAACACCGUAGUUCUCGAUGAACUCUUCUCAUGGAGAAUAUCCAUAACUGGAAUUGUCUAAUCAAGCCUUGUGUCUUUUUUUUUUAAUAAACCAAUGUGAUAAAUUCAUUAGGGCUGUCUCCUGGGGGCACUGAUAACAGAUGGACGAUUAAGCCAUUUUAUAAUGUCCAUUUUGUAGAUCGUAAGUCAGUGACAUGUCAGCUGUGUAACAGUGUAAUAAUGAUGUGGACAUCAGGGUCCAUCAACACAUUUCAAGUCAGGCAGGAUCAAUGCAGGAUGUUUUAAUGUAUGAUUUUAUUUGUAAAUUAAUAUUUCAAGUAUUUAUCAAGAUAUUAUGCUCAUAGUAUGUUAUAUUUAUUAAAUUAAAGAUAAACCAUAGCUCAUGGGGUCAGUGCCUGUGUAAUAACAGUUAAAGGACAUACACAGACUCGACACAGAGCCUAGCACUGUGAACAUACAUUAAUGUGAUAUAAACAGAAGCUGUUAAACUGCCCCCCAUAUGUUCUCCUGGAUUCAGUUUACUGCAGUGCCUUACCUUAUUUAAAUACUAUCUUGUCUGACCCUCUUGUGUCAAUAUUAAGGUGUUUUAUAUUAAUGGUGAUAAACAAACUAAUCAUUUGAAUAUGUUUGUCUCGGUGCUGUGUUACCUGUGUAUACUGUUUUGUUAUUGUAUUAAUAGUACAUGUUGAAAGCGAUUAAAAAGAAAAUACAAGACAAGA